AUGGGAGGCGGUCCAGAUUUUCCCUGUCCGCGCGAGGAGGAACCAGCAGGUAAAGAUGACAACGAACACCUCUGGGGAGUUGUCGACAUGGGCAGGUGAGCCGCUACCCCUCCCGCCCGAACAAGAAUUUUCUCUAAAAUUGUUUCCAGCAACGGUAUUCGUCUCUCAGUUACUAACCUAGCGCCGCCAACGUCUCGCAUCUUGCCCACGCUGGUCUCAUACAGACUAGAUGUGAGUCUUUACUCGGCUCAAUACGAUGACGAGACUGGUGAACGGAUACCGAUUCCACAGGAUGUAAUCGAUACGAUCAUUGGUGGAUUGCUUCGUUUCCGGGUUAUCUGUAAUGAUCUGAAUGUUCCUAAGAAGCAGAUUCGUAUCAUUGCUACUGAGGCUACGCGCACGGCUGUUAACUCGGAGGAGUAUCGGAAGGCUAUUAAGAAUGCUACAGGACUUACUGUGGAGAUGCUGGGAAAGGAAGAAGAGGGGUAUGUCGGUGCCCUUGGAGUCGCUAGUGGGUUUUCGAAUGUCAGUGGUAUUGUUAUGGAUCUUGGGGGUGGUUCGACGCAAAUCACGUGGAUGGUAGCUCGCGAGGGGAAGGUCCGAGUUAGUCCCAAGGGCUCUGUCAGUUUUCCCUACGGAGCGGCGGCUCUGACGAAGAGGUUGGGAGAUUUGAAGAAAGGGAAGAGUAGCGAGGAAGGUGACAAGGCAGUUGCAAAACUACGAGAUGAGAUGGAAGAUAAUUUUGCCAGUGCGUAUGAACAACUAAAAAUUCCAGAGGAUUUGAUGGAGCAAGCCAAAGCAGAGGGAGGUUUCCGACUGUAUCUUUCCGGUGGUGGAUUCAGAGGUUGGGGUUACUUGCUGCUUUACAUGAAUCAGAUCAAGGGAAACCAGGGCAACCAUCAUCCCUAUCCCAUCAGUCUGAUUAACGGAUACACAGCAAGCAAAAAGAAAUUUGAAGACGUCGAAACGUUGAAGAAGGUAGCUCGGGAAGCAGAAGACAUAUUCAGAGUUUCAGACAGACGUCGUGGUCAAGUACCAGCCGUGGCAUUCCUGGUAAACGCUCUUUCAAAAUCAACGCCCCACGGCAUCAAAGAGGCACACUUCUGCCAGGGAGGAGUUCGCGAGGGCGUCAUGUUCCGAGAAUUAAGCCAGGAGAUCAAAGACUAUGAUCCUUUGGAAGUCGGUACCUUAAGAUAUGCCCACGAAUCCGCCAACGCCAUGAGCGAUCUCAUUUUCAACGCCAUUCCAAAGGACUCGACGAAAGGUGGAAGGAAGUUCCCAGACUCGUUCAAUAGACAUGUUAUCCAUGCUUUUACCAACGUCAUGUAUGUACAUGUUCCGAUGAACAAGGAGGCGGCUUCCACCGCUGCGUUAUACACCACCAGCACCGGAUUCAUGUCCGGGAUCCAUGGAGUUUCCCAUGCGGAUCGAGCCCUUCUCGCAUUGAUGCUUGAAGCUCGUUACGAAGGAGAGCUACCCCCACGAGAAGUAGAUUUCAAGCGCGCUCUUGAAAAUAUCCUGACUCCUGAAGAGGUAUGGUGGUCACGAUACUUGGGAGAAGUAGGACAGCUCAUCGGUGCUAUCUAUCCAGCCGGCAUAAUCGACGAGAAGAACCCUCGCUUGAAAAUAGAUGCCGAGUGGGCGAGUGACUUUGGUAAAAAGCAUCAUAAAGAGGGAUUGAGAUUAAUUCUUUCCAUUAAGGAGGUCAAGAAGGAUAAGAUGAUGAUGAAGGAUACUCUAGAGGAGCUUGCAAGAGAGAUUAGAAAGGUGGGGAAGAAGAAGAAUUGGGUGGGGGGUAGAAAUGGUUGGGGAAUGGCUAUCGAUUACAAGAUCAAGGAAGUGAAUAACUUGUGUGCUUGA